AUGUCUAAUGUUUCGUACGACCAUUUAACAAACGGGAGCCAGCAGAAAGGCAUAGUCCGGGUGCACCGGUACCAGUCGGUCACGCCUAUGUGUGGUACCUGCAGCGGACUGGACAGUGAGCACGGGCCCGGAGGAGAGUCAGCGAAGAAGAGGCACAGGGGAGGGGGACACAUAAACACUGAGCACACAGGAUAUUUUUAGAACUCCGUGGAAAAAUGCCGGCUGCAGGUUGAUUCAGGAUGGGGGAGAAACCUCUAUGGGAACAGAUAGGAUCAAGCUUUGUGCAACACUACUACCAACUUUUUGACACUGACAGAACGCAACUCGGAUCAAUAUAUAUUGAUGCAUCAUGCCUUACGUGGGAGGGACAGCAGUUCCAGGGAAAAAGAGCAAUUGUUGAGAAACUCUCAAGCCUGCCCUUCACAAAAAUAGCCCACAGUAUAACAGCACAGGACCAUCAGCCUACCCCAGACUGCUGUAUCCUGAGUAUGGUUGUAGGGCAGCUAAAGGCAGAUGAUGACCCCAUCAUGGGAUUUCACCAGAGUUUUAUCCUGAAAAAUAUUAAUGAUGCAUGGGUGUGCACCAAUGACAUGUUUAGGCUGGCGCUCCACAACUUUGGCUAAAGGGCAUCACUCACCCCUGACGAGUGGGUACGAGUGCCCUCUCAAGGUAUGGGAGGCACAGAGGAGCGAAGGGGGGGAGGAGAAUCGAGGGGUAACUCUUCCCUCCCUCCCUCCAUCUUAUUCAGUCCUGUUUGACAAACACCCGGAUUCCUGAUGUCAAUCACAGAACUUGCUGGUGGACAUUUUUUAACCACCUCAUCAAGUAGAAUUUCUUUGGGAGCUGGCUGAAAAAUCAGAUACCGCUGUCUGCCCCUCCACUGAUCUGCAUGACGCUGGAAGCCCUCAUUACAUUAUCUACCGUCAAGCCAGAGCAGAAAGACAUUUGCUAGCUUAAUGACGCCAUUCACUGACUUGGUUAAAUUCUACUCUGUUCCUACUAAGCUGUUUUUCACUUGAUUCUGCUAAAGAGCUGUUGAUUGAUGAUGAUCUGUGAUGAUUUUAAGAGACGCUACUCUUCAGUUCACACAUCUUUUGGGUUCAUUUUAGGUAAGUUGUGUGCAUUUUCACGCAUCUAAGUAGGUUCUAUAACUAACCCUUAUCUUCUUAAAGAUGGAUACAUUUGCCAUGAUUCAUGUUGUCAGGCUUUGAUUAAGCUAUCCAAAGAAUAAUGAAACUUGACCCCACUUUGUCUUUUGCUUUGAUACUCGCUUAGAGUAAGAUGAAUAUCACAGCCAUGUCAUACAAUAAAAUCUGGACUAUUUCGUAA